GCCAGAGGUGGUGAUCUUGUCGCGGAUCACAAUCGGAAUCGGUACAAUCGCGAUCCGGAGUUGAUAGGCGGACGAGCGACUCGGCGGAAAGCAGAAUAUCUUGAGAAAUCUGCGGAUUCGUGUCGAUCAACGAGGGAAGAAAGAGAGUGAUCGGAUCAGAUCUUGUGCGCGUCCGUUAUUUAAUCGGAUUUUAUAGGAUUUUAUUGACGACGAGUGAGAAAAAGAGUGAUGCUGCUUCGAUCCGUAUGAGAGCACGUCGAAGAUCCCAGAGAUCAUCUUCACGUCGGAAAUUUAUGCCACUACUAUGGAAGGCGAAAUUACAUUUUGGGUAGCUGCGUCUUGCGAAGCGAGUGUGCGGCCACAAAGAAGGUGAGAAUCUUACGCGGCGGAUGAAAGAGAAUCCUCUCGAAAGACGUAUCUCCGAAUCACAUGAAGAGCUUCAAUUGCGAUUACACGAGCGAGGAUAGAGCGGUCUCUAUGGCGAACGGUGGCCACGGCGUCGCCGUUAACGGGGUAGGCGCCCCCGGUUCGGGCUCCUUGUCGAGGGAGGAGAGGCGCAGGCGAAGAAGGGCCACCCAAAAGUAUCGAACCGCACACGCCACGCGGGAGAGAGUCCGAGUCGAAGCCUUCAAUUCGGCGUUCGCGGAGUUGCGAAAGCUGCUGCCGACCCUGCCGCCGGACAAAAAGCUCUCGAAAAUCGAGAUCCUCCGACUGGCGAUCUGCUACAUCGCUUACCUAAAUCACGUUCUGCAAGCUUGAAAGGUAGCUCGUGCACUCCCGAAGUAAGAAGAAAUUGUGACGAUAUCUUUAUAUGCCAUGUGCCAAUGAAAGAACAAUAAAGGAACAAUUAUAGAGAUCAUUCAAGAUA